GUCCGUAGCAGCAUAAACAUGUUCCUGGGGUAAACCACAAAGCAGCCCUUUCAAAGCCAUCAGUGAGUGGUAUGAUCUCGGUGCCAGACUGAUACUCACACUCAUGGUUAGGCUGGGUCUCGGUUGAGAUACCGGGUGAGUCUCCACCUUCCGCAAGACAUUCAGUACACCCAUGCAUUAAAAGCAAAGAGGAGCCACUAAUCAACUAGGUAAUCUUCGAUCGCAAUUCAUCCACGAUAGCUACUUCACUCGCCCCUCAAUCUACUGUAAAGACAAUGGCGCAAGCGACGGCAGCCUUCAUCGCCGGCCUCCCAAAAGUGGAGCUCCACGUCCACAUCCAAGGGGUCCUCGACGCUCCGCUAAGACACAAGCUCGCCCAGAAGAACAACGUCCCAGACAUCGCCGACACCGUGGAGGGACUCGAGCGCCGAUAUCAAGAAUUCUUCUCCGCCUGCUGUGACCGAUCCACAGAUGUGGCGGAGCUUUCGCGGGGCUUCUUCGAGCUCUUCGAGCGCGGGGGCCGGGUCCUCGUGACCGCCGACGACUUCUACGAGCUGGCGAUGCUGUACUACCGGCGCGCCGCGCAGAUGAACGUGCGCUAUGCGGAGCCCUUUAUCGACUUCAUGGAGCUGACGCGGUGGGGCGUGUCGCUCGACACCCAGAUGGCGGGGUAUCGCAGGGCGCAGGUAGAAGCGAAGCGGACGCUUGGGGUCAAGUCCGCGUGGGUGCUCAGCUUCUCACGCACCGCAGACCCCAUCGAGAUGAUGGCGGCGUACGAGGACGCCCUCCGCCACCGCGACAUGAUCGUCGGCAUUGGCAUGGCCGGGUUCAGCGAUGAGAGCUCGCCACUCAAGUUCAACCAGCUCUACACCCGCGCGCGACAAGACGGCUUUCGCCUCACCAUCCACUGCGAUCCGACGGUCCCCGCGCCGGCCAUCCACCAGCACAUCCGCGAAUGCGUGACCCAACUCGGCGGCGGCGGCGUCGACCGCAUCGACCACGGGAUCAGUGCCGCGGACAGUACCGGCCUGGUCGAUCUGCUGCGCAGAAACGCGAUCGGACUCACGAUCUGCCCGUGGACGUCUCUGCCUGCGCUGAUGCACCACGAUGACCCGGACCAGGCUUUCUUCGAGGGUGUUGUGCGCAGGCUCUUUGACAGUGGAGUGCGAAUCUCGAUUCAUAGCGAUGAUCCGGCCCUUGCGGGGCAGAACUGGGUGCAGGAGGCUCUGGAGGUCGUUGCAGACCGGGCCAAGUUUACACAGGAGGAGGUAGUGCAGCUGUCCUUGAAUGCGGUGGAGAUGAGCUGGGCUUCGUGUGAAGCUAAGGCGAUGCUGCGUGAGGAGAUUGUCGCCUACCAGGCAAGUCCAGCUUGA